AUGUUGGUGCUUCCAGAGUUUCAGCAUGGUAUCGAUUUACAUGUUCACUUGGACGCGGCUGCUAGGCCGGAAACCCUGUAUGAACUAGCAGAAAAAGAAAGAAUAUCAAAUCUACCGAGAGAUUUAGAUGAAUUCAAAAAGAAGAUAACCCCUAAUUCCCCAUAUUCUGUCAAAGAAUUUUUCAACAUACUUGACUACAUUAAACCACUGAUUGCUGGCAAAAAAGAUGUUCUGGCUCGUAUUUGUGACGAAUUCGUUGAAGAUUGUGUACAGCUUGGGAAACUGUGCUACGUAGAGACAAGAUUUUGUCCAUUCACUUUAACGGGUCGGUAUUUAGAUGCAGAAGAAGUUCUUAAAAUAGUUCUGGAGAAGCUGCAAUCGGCUGGGGAAAAGAAUCGCUUACAAGUUCGUACUAUUUUAUCAAUUAUGAGGAAUAUGCCGGAAACAGCUAAAGAAACAUUAGAUUUGGCUAAAAAGUAUAACACCCAUGGAGUUGUUGGUAUAGAUGUUGCAGGUGAUGAUUCAGUUUUAGAAAGAAAGCCUGUAGCAAAUGAAAUUAUUGAAACAUUUCAAGAAGCUAAAAAGUUUGAUAUUCAUCGUACAGUUCAUGUCGGUGAAAAUAGUUCAGCCAAUAGUGUUUAUGAAGCAGUGAAUACACUACACGCUGAACGUAUUGGUAAUGGAUAUCAUGUUGUAGACAAUGAAAAAUUGUACACUGCACUUCUUGAUACUGGUGUACAUUUUGAGUUAUGCCCAUCGUCAAGCUUUUUAACUGGUGCAGUAAAUUACAGAGAUCUACGAAAUCAUCCAAUACAUCGUUUUGCUAAAGAUGAUGCCAAUUUCUCGAUUAACACAGAUGGUCCAACACUAACACAAAGAUGGAAUACUGAAGAGGCUUCAUAUUGUAUGGAUGAAUUGGGAUUGAAAUAUGCUCAAGUGAAUGAGGCAAAUUAUAGAGCAGCAAAAGCAGCCUUUCUACCGACUAUUGAACAAUGUCUUCUAGUGUCACAUAUCACUGUCAGAACAAGAAACAGAUAUAUAACUAUUGAUAAAUACAAAUUACGACAGUAUUCUUGA